AGUUUUUGAUAUUUCAGGAUUCCCUCAUUCAAAUAGAUAGGCUGCCCGGAGGCGUUGCAAAUAUGGCCGCCGAGUGGACAGACUUUCUUUGAAAGGGACUUUGGUUGAGCGCGCAAAAUCUUCAACCUCCAGGGAAAAACGCAGAUGAGAGUCGGUUGGCAAAAAGAGAACGCAACAGAGCAUGUAAUAAAAUGAUAAUUAACAGGGGCUUGGCUUUUCGGAGAUGUCGAGAACUGAGGGAUUUGAAAUGUAAAAGCGGCGCGGAGAUGGCGUUUUUAUUACUCAACAGAUAAACGCACAGGUGCAUGCGCAUCAACAGACCCCUUGACUAGCAGCAUGACAGUUUGCAGCAGCUGAAAUGGCUGAGUAAAAAAGAAACAGACAACAGUCACUGGCGUGAGGGCAGUGGACAUUAUCAACCAUCCAGAACAUCAUCAACAAACCUGAAUGCAGAGGAGCAUAUUGCGAGUCUAGAAGAGCGUUUAAACUGAGGGAUUCACCUGAUCCGAUGCAACCCGACCCGAGCCCUCAGGAAGAGAAAAACGGGCUGUCAUUAACCCUGCAGCCGGAGCUGCUCGCCCGAAUGCCGGGUGCUGGAAGUGCCAGCGGUCCGGAAACGGGCGAUGAUGUCCGGGUUCCUAUCGGCAGCUCAUCGGGGUCGACGAAUGGACGUGGCGCUACUUCGCGGAGGCUGAGAACGGCGAGCCAUAGCCACUCCCAUUCUCACGGACACACGCACAGCCAUGAGCACGAGUCGGACAGCGGCGAGUCAGACCUGGAAUCCGGAGAGUCCAACAGCUCAUUAUCAGAGCUCCGCUACCUCCUCCGCUGGCUCAAGAAAAGUCUUCCUUUCAUAGUUAUUCUCUCUGCGAAACUAGUCAUUCAGCACGCUCUAGGACUGGCUGUUGCAGUGGGUCUGUUUACCACUUUUAUGUACGUCAACAAAAGCAUUCAAACGCAAGUCUUUCUCCACGACCGAAGGAGGAAGUUGCAUUGUGCCUGGCUCUUGCUGUUCCUCACAUCCUCCAGUCUCCUCGUGUUCUACACUUUUCACACUCAGUCACUUUAUCGCUGCCUCAUUUUUGCCAAUGCUACGAUAGAUUCUCAAAACUUCUGGGAGGUCUUAUGGAGCGUUGGUGUGACCAACUUCAUUGUGAAGUUUUUCUUCAUGGGGCUCAAGUGUCUUAUUCUCCUCGUCCCAUCCCCACUCAUGACAUACCGGCGAAGGGGUCAGUGGUACAUGCUCAUAGAGGAGAUGGGUCAGUUGUAUCAGGUGAUUGCUCCUGUCCCACUCUGGUUCCGGUAUCUGGUCAGCUACGAUGAGAUGGACACCUCAGUGGGUCUGACUUUGGGAAUCCUGCUAGCCUUAGUCUACCUCAUAAUGAAGAUUUUGGCACUGUAUGGGCUGUCAGGAUCAUUGCAAAAAACAUUACGGACUUUUUUCAGUUCUGAGGUGAACGGAGCUCCAGCCAGUCCAGCUCAGGUUAGAGAGGCAGGUGACAUUUGUCCGAUCUGUCAGGCUGAUUUUAAGCAGCCUCGGGUCCUCAUGUGUCAGCAUAUCUUCUGUGAGGAGUGCAUAGCCCAGUGGCUUAACCAGGAGAGGACCUGCCCCCUCUGCCGCAAUAUCAUCACAGACAAGGUGCACAAGUGGAAAGAUGGUGCAACAUCAGCUUAUUUACAAAUCUACUGAACGCGCUGCUCACUGAAAGGAUGAAGAAACAGUGUUGAGACAUGUUGAAACAGUCGAUUCACAGGAUAUGUGGAUUGUUCCUCUCAAACAUCUGUCGAGCAAACAGCACUUGUUAUAAGGCAAUAGUCACUAGAAAAAUUGGCAGUUUGAGAGUUUAUAUAUAUAUAUAUAUAUAUAUAUAUAUAUAUAUAUAUAUAUAUAUAUAUAUAUAUAUAUAUAUAUAUAUAUAUAUAUAAAAUAUCUUGUCAGAAGGACAUUCACCAGCUCUUGUAUUAUUAUUAUUAUUAUUAUUAUUAAUACUAUUAUUAUUAUUGUAUGUGGAACUCCCUUUUUUAAUGUUUAUAAUAUAUAUAUUCCUAUGUGUUCAUGCAUGCCAACUCUGGUUUUACUAAUUUCCUUGUGGGUGUUAGCAAAAUGUUACAGUGAAAUAAUGUAUCAGAAAUUCAUGUUUGUCUCCCUUAAUCUAUUUUAAUUUCUUUUUCUCCCCCCCCCCCUCCAUGAUCCUAUCAGGUACUGUGGCUUUUGUAACUGAACUUGUCUUAAACACAUUUAUGAAUCCAAUUAUAAGGAGUUUUAAAAAAUUCUGAACCUUGUGUUCCGUUUGAAGUAUUCUGGUUUCUUCUUGCAUAAUGUGAAUGUGAGGUAAUUGCACAUGAACUUUUGAUUUAUCGAAUGAUGUAGCAUUAGAAUUUUGUAACCACGUGAUUUUUUUUUUGUUACUUAACAACACAUAAUAGCUCUGUUACUUUUGAAUAAGCAAAAUAUUACUGUACAUGCCAUAUCCAUUUGUACUUCAGGCCCUUCACAGAUACAUGGUAUUUUUCUAAUGCUGCACAUAGUGUGAUAAACCAAAGAGUUGAAGAAAAAACAUCUAUUUUAGUACCAUCAUACAGUAUGCAGCUGUAUUUUUAUCCAGCAUAUUUCGAUAACUGACCAAAUAAAUUUUUCAAACUGUUAA